CGAGGAAGCCCUGGGCAAAGGUCACCCCAAGCCCGGGCGAGACGGAAGCCGUGAGGGGGCCCCGAAGGCGCGUCCGUAGGCUCUGCCGCGGGGCUUCCAGGGUCAGCCGGGCCCGAGGGCUGGGGUCCUGGCCCAGGGGCCCUCUCCGUGGUGGCUGAGGGGCUUUUUCGUGAUCCCUGUCCAUGCGCUUGGGUAGUGGUUUGAACGGCAGCCGCCGAGGCAGGACUUUGGUUAUUAUGACUGCAUUCCUCAGAGCCGCUCAGUAAAUGUUGAUUCAAGGAAAAAUCACAAUAGGUCCGUGAUAAUUUACGCUCCCAUAAAACGUCGCCAUCUGGGGAGAGAUUUGGGAACAAUCCGUGAUGCUCUAAGCAGUAGAGCUUCGUAUGCAGGAAGCUCAAAAUGAGGUUCUUUAUCUGAAAGGGGUAUCAGAACGCCCACUUCCUAACCGUCUUCUAAACAGUAAGGAUCCCUCGGACCCGCGCCUGGGACGCAGAAAGCGCUCGGGCUUCGUCGGAUCCCCACCGCUGAGCGCGGCCACCGGGAGACACCGCUCCACAGGCCCGCCAGCCGAGGCUCGCGGGGCCGUGGCCGACUCGGAUCCGUUGGGGUGCGCGGCCGCGGCGGCGUUUCCGGCCCCGGCGGAAGCUCACGGCUACGGACUACAACCCCCAGCAGCCCGCGGGGCGCGCCCUGGACGGCGCCGGGGGAGCGGCCGCCAUUGUCCGCGGCUGAGGUGAGGCGAUCGCCCGGCCGGCGGGCCCCCCGCUGCCGCCGCAGCCGCGCGUCGGGAGAACCACCGGGGAGACGCGGCGCCCGACGGGGACUCGCCUGCCCUUUCCGCGCCGGCCGCGCAGCCCCGUUCCCUCGGCCUUCGGACCCUCCUGCCGCUCUCCGCCGGGCUCGCGCCGCGCUGGGCCGGCUGGGCGGGGGCCCCCGUGGAUCCUGCUCGUCGGGACUCGUGCCGGCUCGCGGCCUCCGGCCCAGCGGGCCUUUGUCCCCAGGUGGCGCGCGGGGAUCCCGGCUGAACGACCCGGAGCCUGCUGGUGGCCUGCAGGGAGCGGCGGGUAUCGGCGCGCAGGGUGCGAGGCCGGGAGCCGCGAACCAGGUGAGGCUGGCCGCUCGCUCCGCGGGCUCCUGAGCACCGCAUCCGCCUGGGGCGUUGCGGGAAACCUGGGCGGGACGCCAGGCCGCAGAUGAGGAUGCUUUCGAGGCCGUUCAUGUAAAUAAGCCCCGUUUCGUUCUCCGGCGGGCGUUUCUCGUCCGAGCGCUUCCGCUUACGGCGCUGAAGGAAGUCACACAAACGGGCUGGGAACACCCCGGGUUCCUGUGAAGCAGUGACUGGAGGACUUCGUCAAGUCACAAACAACGGUGCAGAAUAGCUUGCCUGCUUGCAGCCUUGGCACGGAUCCCGGUGCCCCUGGGGCCCAGUGGGCGUCCUGGUGCCGCACACACACUCGCAGGAAUCCGCAGAGCCCUGCCGGUCGGCGUUGGUACCCUCAGUGGUCGCAGGACUGGCACAAAGACCGGAGCCCAGGCAGCUGGUGGUCGGCCUGCGCAGCAGGAGACGAGCAGGCGUGGGCCUGGUAGAUCCUGCAGGUUGGCAUUGCUGUUUCUUUCUGUAUAUCAACCGAAUCCAGUGCUCCAGGCAGGCACCUGGUGGAUUAAUAUUGCGGAAUGGCAGCCAUCAAUCCGUGGGCCUCCUGGGGUGUCCUUUCGGACCCGUCAUGGGGGAUCGUGGCUGUUGACCCGUGGGCCUCCUGGGCCCUGUGUCCUCAGGACCCUGCUCGGCGUGUGGAGGACCCCGAGGAGCCAAGGAGGGUCGCUGGGCCCCCAGCAGCCCUGGUCCAGGAACCAGUGACCUUCAAGGAUGUGGCCGUGGACUUCACCCAGGAGGAGUGGGGGCAGUUGGACCCGAUUCAGAGGACGCUGUACCGUGACGUGAUGCUGGAGACCUUUGGGCACCUGUUGUCUGUGGGGAAUCAGAUCGCCAAGCCCGAGGUUAUCUCCCUGUUGGAGCAAGGAGAAAAGCCGUGGUCAGUGGAGCGAGCAUUUCCUCAAAACCCUUGUCCAGAAUGGAUGAGAAAUCUUGAAGGCAAAACACUGAUCCCAGCACAGAGCAUUUUUGAGGAAGAACAAUCCCAUAGCAUGAAGUUGAAAAGAUACAUAUGGGAUGAUCCUUGGUUCUCCAGGUUAGAAGUUUUGGGAUGCAAAGACCAGUUAGAAAUGUACCACAUGAACCAGAGUACAGCUAUGAGGCAAAUGGUCUUCAUGCAAAAGCAAGUACUAUCUCAGAGAAGCUCUGAAUUCUGUGAACUUGGGGCACAAUGUAGCCAGAGCUUAACUUUUGUUCCAACUCAGAGAGUUUCUCAAGUAGAACAUUCCUAUAAGCCAGAUGCAAAUGCUGAAAGUUGGAGAUGUAACUCAGCCAUAAUGUAUGCAGAUAAGAUUACCUGUGAAAAUAAUGAUUAUGACAAAGCCUUCUACCAGUCCAUACAGCCUGUUCAUCCUGAAAGGAUACAACCUGGAGAUAAUCUUUUCAAAUGUACUGAUACUGUUAAAUCUUUCAAUCAUAUACUACAUAUUGGUGAUCAUAAGGGAAUACAUACAGGAGAAAAAGUCUAUGAAUAUGAGGAAUGUCAUCAAAUCUUUAACCAGAGCCCAUCAUUUAAUGAACAUCCAAGACUUCAUAUUGGAGAAAAACAGUAUGAUUACAAAGAAUAUGAGAAUAUCUUUUACUUCUCAUCCUUUAUGGAACAUCAGAAAAUUGGUACUGUAGAGAAAGCAUAUAAAUACAAUGAAUGGGAGAAAGUCUUUGGGUAUGACUCAUUCCUCACUCAACAUACAGGCACUUACACUGCAGAGAAACCCUUUGAAUAUAAUGAAUGUGGGACAUCUUUCAUUUGGAGUUCUUACCUUAUCCAACAUAAGAAAACUCAUACUGGAGAGAAACCCUAUGAAUGUGAUAAAUGUGGAAAAGUUUUUAGGAAUCGUUCAGCCCUUACUAAACAUGAACGCACUCACACUGGAAUAAAACCCUAUGAAUGUAAUAAAUGUGGAAAAGCCUUCAGCUGGAAUUCUCAUCUUAUUGUACAUAAGAGAGUACAUACAGGGGAGAAACCUUAUGUAUGUAAUGAAUGUGGGAAAUCUUUCAACUGGAACUCCCAUCUAAUUGGGCAUCAGAGAACUCAUACUGGGGAGAAACCUUUUGAAUGCACUGAAUGUGGGAAAUCGUUCAGCUGGAGCUCCCAUCUUAUUGCCCAUAUGAGAAUGCAUACUGGAGAGAAGCCCUUUAAAUGUGAUGAAUGUGAAAAAGCUUUUAGAGAUUACUCAGCCCUUAGUAAACAUGAAAGAACUCACUCUGGAGCAAAACCAUAUAAAUGUACUGAAUGUGGAAAAUCCUUCAGCUGGAGCUCUCAUCUAAUUGCUCAUCAGAGAACUCACACAGGAGAGAAACCCUAUAACUGUCAGGAAUGUGGCAAAGCAUUCAGGGAACGCUCAGCCCUUACUAAACAUGAAAUAAUUCAUUCUGGAAUUAAGCCCUAUGAAUGUAAUAAAUGUGGAAAAUCCUGCAGUCAGAUGGCUCAUCUUGUUAGACAUCAAAGGACUCAUACUGGAGAAAAGCCUUACGAAUGCAAUAAGUGUGGGAAAUCCUUCAGCCAGAGCUGUCAUCUUGUUGCUCAUCGGAGAAUUCACACUGGUGAGAAACCCUAUAAAUGUAAUCAAUGUGAAAGAUCCUUUAACUGUAGCUCUCACCUUAUUGCACACCGGAGAACUCAUACUGGAGAGAAACCAUAUAGAUGUAAUGAAUGUGGGAAAGCAUUUAAUGAGAGUUCUUCCCUUAUUGUACAUCUGAGAAACCAUACUGGAGAAAAACCCUACAAAUGUAACCAUUGUGAGAAAGCUUUCUGUAAGAACUCUUCUCUUAUUAUUCAUCAGAGAAUGCAUAGUGGAGAGAAACGCUUUAUAUGCAGUGACUGUGGGAAAGCCUUUAGUGGUCACUCGGCCCUACUUCAACACCAGAAAAACCAUAAUGAAGAGAAACUCUGUGGAUUGAAUUGAUAAAGAGAUUUUUCUUUUAUCAUACAUUUGGUGCCACAUUGAAAAAAAAAACCUGUAAGUAAUCAAGAGGGGAAGUUUUUAGUAAGAGUUAAGGAAGACUUCUCUUAUUCAAUAGAAAGUAUCUCUUAGAAGAAACCUAUAGAUGAAAAGAAUAGGGAGAAGCUUUCAGCAGCUGUGUAGCCCUUAUUUGACAUCAGAUAAUUACAGAUAAUUUGAAAAAAACUCCAAACUACCCUUCUGGUUCACUAGGAAUCCUACUGAAGAAAAUGAACAUAGGGAAUGAGACAUCUUUUAGUAAGAAAUCUCAACUAUUUGUGGAUCACAGUACAUUGUUAAGGGAAAAAACCCAUUGUUCUGGGAAAAGUGUUUCAACUGGAAACAUAAUGUUUUGCAUCAAGCCAGGAGUGUUGGAUGGGAAGCUUUAAAAUAUCAUUUUUGUGCAUAAUUAUGGAAAUACAAAUUUUUUUAUAAGGGGAGAGGGUCUGGGUGCCCUUUAAGGAAUAGAAUAUGGAAUACUAAAUCUGAAUUUAAGAAAAAAAGUAUUCAAUGAGAUAUUUACUGUUUAUCAAGAUUAACCUUAGAAAAGAUUAGUAAAUGAAAUUAAUAAUGGAAAGUCAUUACCUAGCAGUAUGAGACUGAUGUUGGAACAAAAGGUGAUACUUUAUAACACAGUAUGUCAGUGUCCUUGGUUUAUUUAUUAUUGCAUUGUUGAACAGUUUGUAAAUUGUUUUAGGCAGUCACUGUAAGUUCUAAUUAUGGAGUCCGCAUCAGUAUACAUAAUAUUAAGGAAUAAAAAAGGACAGUAUUGUUUGUGUAUAUAUAUGUGUGUGUGUGUGUGUAUAUAUAUAUAUAUAUAUAUAUAUACACAUAUACACACACAGCUCCUAUAACAUCUAAAAAUGGGAAAGGACUGGAAAGACCAAUGGAGAAAUUUAACCUAAUUUAAGAUUUUUUGUUUUACAGAUAUGCAGCACUUAACCACAUGCUAGGCUUUGUUUAAAAUGCGUUUCAAAUACUGUUCAAUUCCCUUAAGAGAUAGCUACUAUUAUUAUCCAGUUUUACAAAUGGAGAAACUGAGGCACAGAUGUUGGAAAACCUAAAGACACACUGCUAGUAAGGAAUGAUUUGGCUCCAGAGUUCAUGUUUUUAACCACUAUGUUAUGUUGCCUCUCCAGUGAUUUUUUUCCCUAUUUUUCUUUUGUUCAGUGUUGCUAACAUAGACAUUUAAUGAAAAUCAAGAAAUUCCUAAACAAUGAGAGAGAAAGUUAUCUGGCUCUCUGUCUUGAAGGACUUCUGGUAACGUGAGAGCUAAACUCCCGUUGAAAUAGGAAGUCUGGAUUGGAUAUUCAGAAUCACUGCAUUUUCUGGGACCUGGGUCCCCGAGAGGAUUUACAGCAGAGUAGGUAGGGGCUGAAGGACUCACUAAAGGUUUGGGCAAGUCUCAGAAAUACCCCUUGAUGGGUUUAGAGGGCAAGAGACACCACCACGCAUGGGAGCACCAUUUCUCAAGGUCUCUCUUGGAUUCAGUGUCUGUACUUUGUCUUCUCUAGAUGAAAAGGUUGCUUGAUAAUAGGGAAGAUUUGGAAGGGAAGGAAGCCAACCAAUCUGUCACAUAGAGUGAAGUCUCCAUGUGCUUAUAGGGGUGAGCGGGCAAGAUGAACAGGAGGAACUGGGCAGCUUCUCUCCAUAAAUAUUUCUUAUAUUUCCCUAAAAUAGGCUGUAAUUAGGGGCUAAUAGUCCAUCUCGGAUGGGCUUCAAGAGUAUGAGAAAUCCAGUAUACAAAGGUUCAUUUAAUUCUCCAGGGACCCAUGACUCCCCAGGAGUGGAGAACCACAGCCUGCUAGGGUAAUGGGGAGGUGGUGUACACCAGCCGACUCCUGUAGUGGAGCUUUCACAUAGAAGCGUGACGUCCAGUUCCCUACCUUCCAGGGCUUAAUGCAUAGUGGUUGCCCAGUAAAUGUUGCAGGAGUAAAAGUAAUUGAAUGGGUUUCUUAUGUGAUUCGUGCAAAAACCCUGGAGAGAAUAGAGUCAGCGUUAUCUUUGUGAGAGAAAGCAACCUAAUGUGUCAAGAGUCAUGCUGCCAGUAUAUUGGAAUAAUAUUCUAAUACCUGAAGUAACACAUUUUGGGCAAAUCCAGAUUCUUUGCUUUUGGGUGCUCCAAAGGACUUCAUAAGUCACACAAAAUAUUCUGCAAGCAAUAGUGACUCUCUGGCAUCUUACUACACUGAUGGACAGUGACUGCAGUGGGGUAUGGGGGGGACUUGAUAAUGUGGGUGAAUGUAGUAACCACAUUGUUUUUCAUGUGAAACCUUCAUAAGAGUGCAAAUCAAUAAUAUCUUAAUAAAAAAAAGUUCUGCAAGCA